AUCCAUUGCGCCACUGGCCCGAUGCAUAUUUCUGUUAUUCCCUCAGUUCUGACUGACAGGAUCUUUGAUUCUCUUUAUGGUAGAGCAGCUAAUCAAUGUAUCAGCCGACCAUACCACCAGCUGCACACAAAGAGAGCAGGUCUGUGCAGUUUUAAUAGUUAGGUCUACAGAAUACAACAGCUAAGGAAAAAUCAAAAGAAAAGUGACAAUUCUCACUCCACUAACGGCCCUGUAUCCUUAUCUUGUCACUAGAGGGCGCCAAAUGAUCUUUCCUACAUUUAAUUCUAACCUUAGUCUUUUAUUGUUUGCUGUUGAGACUUCACAAUGGUUUAUUUGUUGCAUUGUUGCCACCAAAUCUUACCACGUGAGGAGCUUCUGCAGGGGAUGCUGGUGUUGUGAAUGGGCUGGUCCCGGUGAUCCACGAUCACAGGUAUUGUGGUUGGAGGAGGGAACAGGGACCGCAGAGAGCAGAGAAAGUUACCAACUGCACAGGGCUGUUUUGUUGGAUAAAACCUUUGUUUAAAUUGACUUACUGUGCAUAUAAGUUGAGUCAGCACUGGUGGAAAUAUGUGCAUUGUGUGAAAGCCCUGCAGUUUUGUUCGUGACUUCAUCCAUCCAUCAGCAGCAUCGUGCGCUCCGGCGCUUCACUGACCCGCAGACGUCUUCUCUCCGCCGGAUCAUGUGGAUUAUUUUGGCGUUUAUUCUGGCAGCGGCCGGUCCUGAUGGGAGCUGGGGGUGUCAGCUGCCCCACGACUGGAGACCACAGACAGAAGCGUGCCGAGCCGAGCUGGCGGAGAUCAUAGUCUUCGCCAAGGUGUUGGCGCUGCACAAGGAAUCGUACAGCGUGUAUAACUACCUGCCGUGGCAGCACGACACCGACCUGCUCUUCUCCGCCGAGAUCGAGCUGCUGUGCGACCAGGCGUGGGGCAGCAUGCUCGAGGUCCCCGCCGGCUCCAGGUUCAAUGUCACCGGCCUGGGCUACUUCCCCUGUUUCUCCUACAGUGUCACCAAAAACAACAACUACUACUUCUUUCUCAGGAUGGAUGAAAACUACAAUAUCGUCCCUCAUGGAGUGAACUUCCAGGACCCCAUCUUCCCGGACACUACUGAGAACCACCGCAUGUUUGCCAGCCUUUUCCAGUUUUCCAACUGCACGCCUGGUACUCAGGUCCACACCUACACCCCAGAGUGGGAGGCUCAGGAGGACAGCCGGUUGUUGUGCUCUACGGUGCAGAAGGCUCUCUUUGAGGAGGAGGAAAGGGUGAGGACUCUCUCCCAGAAGGUGCGCUCCUUGGAGAAAGCCAACGGCCACCUGCGGGAAAAGGUGAAGACCAUGAAACGUCUGUUGCGCCAGGCCCAACGAGAGACAAUGAAGGAGCAACAGACCCUCAGCCUCAAACAGCUCUAUGAGUCAAAGACCCCCCAAACCCAUCCGGAUCAGGACACUACCCAGGACCAGAAGGGCCCUCCACUCAAAAAGGUCCUCUCCAAGAAGCUAAAAAACUAGUUUUUUCCAACUGUAAACUAUGCAAACCAACCUUGGCUCCCAAUGAAGUGUCAGAGACAGAGCAAAAUGAAAGUGUAUUGUGUGAAAAGCUGGGGGAAGUGACAGCAACUGUGGCAAUAAUUAACAGCAGAUUGGUAUUUCAUGACAUUAUCCAUGUCUUCAACUUAAUUAAUAUGCUUUUUUCAAAAGGAACAUACUGCGGUUGCACUUUAUGACAAGGCAUUAGCUCUGCAUGGAAAUUUGUUCUGCAGAGAAAUUUAAAAAAAAACAACACAUUGGUUUUAUUGGACCAACCAGCAUUGUAGUUUUAUUUCUGGUAAAAUUGAACUGUGCCAUUUAGACUGUUGACUACAAAGAAACCAUUCAUUCCUAUUUACAUCCUUAUCCAUAUACUUCCAAGAACUGAAUGUGUGUGUGUGUGUGUGUGUGUGUGUGUGUGGAGAGAGGGGCUUUCAUUUGACCUAUAUUGUGUCCCCAAAUGAACUAAAGUGAAGGAUUAGCAGCCUGUGAGAUAAGGGAUGUAUAUAGUUUCACAUGAGUAAAGUGAUCUUCAUCUAAAUCUCCUUAAAGGUGCAGUGUGUAGGAUUUAGUGGCAUCUAGUGGUGAGGUUGCAGAUUGUAACGAACUGAGUACUCUUCCCCCUCACCUUCCAUUUCCAAGCAUGCAGGAGAACCUAUGGUGGCUGCAAAACUCGCGAAAAACAUGAAAGGCCCUCUCUGGAGCCAGUUUUUGGUUUGUCCGU